GUUGCCGCGAGUGGUCGCCCCGACCGCGCUGUGUACGAUGUGUGUAUGAGAGCUGCGUGUGCUUUUGUUUUGUGCUAGAAGAUUAGUGUUUCCCGUCAGACAUGAAGACGGAGCACCGCACUUGCUGCGCGUGCGGCGAGCCCAUCGCGGACCGGUUCCUGCUGGAGGUGGGCGGCGGCGCGUGGCACACGGCCUGUCUGCGCUGUUGCGUGUGCGCCGUGCAGCUGGACCGCCACCCCUCCUGCUUCCUCCGCGACCGCCAGGUCUACUGCAAACAGGACUAUGCCAAGAGCUUCGGCGCGAAGUGCUCCAAGUGCUGCCGCGGCAUCUCGUCGUCGGACUGGGUGAGGAAGGCGCGCGAGCAGGUGUACCACCUGGCGUGCUUCGCCUGCGACGCGUGCGGCCGCCAGCUGUCCACCGGGGAGCAGUUCGCGCUGCACGAGGACCGCGUGCUCUGCAAGCCGCACUACUUGGAAACGCUCGACGGCGGUUCCAUCUCUUCUGAUGAUGGCUGUGACUCAGAGGGCUAUCACAAGAGCAAGGCGAAACGGGUCCGCACCACAUUCACCGAGGAGCAGCUGCAGGUGCUGCAGGCGAACUUCCAGCUGGACUCUAACCCCGACGGCCAGGACCUGGAGCGUAUCGCCCAGGUCACCGGCCUCAGCAAGAGGGUCACGCAAGUCUGGUUCCAGAACAGUCGAGCACGACAGAAGAAGCACCAGCACACUGGAAAAGGGAAGCAGAAUCAAGUGAUGUCGAGGGAGACUGACCCGGUGGGGUUUGGCCGGCCUAUCAACCUCCACCUCACCUACUCUUUCCAGAACAAACCUCCUUUUGUGCCGAUAGAUGGAACUUCGUUCACGGAUUCUUCUAUGGAUGAGUUGUCAGAAGAUUCCUCUAUCCACUGCAUGCAGAGUGAAGCAUAAGCUAGUAAUCACUGUACCCCGCAACCUCCCAGCUUUUUAGCACCCCUCUAAGACCCAGCUUUAUGUAGAAUUCAAUUCUUAUAAAGAUACUGUAUCAAUAUCCCUUACGGUAUAUCUUAACUUAUCACUCUAUUGUCAAUCUUUGUCUCAUAUAGAAAGUUACUUUCAUUUUAAUAAAUGCAACCAAUGCAAAUUCUGAUUAGGUAAUUUUACACGUAAGGUUCAUAUAUAUUCCAAUAAAAUCACUUUUUGAACAGUCUAAUAGCUUAACGUUAUAAAUUAAGUAGAAUUGUAAAAAUAAUAUAGACCCUAUUUAGUUUUAUAUUCA